AUGGUCAAGAACGACGCCGAUGUCAUCAAGGAAUUCAACGAGCUCGUCAACAUGACGGCUAGCGAGCUCGAAAAGUGGCUCAAGUCGGACGACUCGACCUCGUCCGGUUGGACCAACGGCGAUUCCGGCGAGACGGUUGGCCACAACUCUGGCACCAAGAUCGUCGACAUCUUGAAGCGCAACCCGGACAAGAAGAAGGACAAGUACACCGAGGACGAUAUCAAGCACAUGCGCAAGGUGGUCAGCUACAACAAGAGGCAUCUCGCCCAGGAGCAGCACCUCAAGGAGAAAAAGUCCAAGGAGGAGUUGCAGAAGACAAAGAGCUACAAGAGUCUCAAGAACGUCGCACUGCCCACCGCGCUCAACCUCGGCAAAAUCGGCACCUCCGCCACCUCGGCCUCGACCGCAGCAGCCGCAGCCACCAACUCGAGACUCACCGCCUCGACCGAGUACCUCGACUCGUUAGAAGAAAGCGUCAACAAGACCAUCGAUGCUGAGGUCGAGACGUUGCUGUCGAGCUACAAGGAGUUGGUUUCGCUUGCAACGAUCGCGGAUAAGGACAAAUACCGUGUGGCGCAAGAAGCUUUCCAGACCGAAGCGAGGGCAGACAUUAUGAUCCGCUCGGCGCAAACCCUCACCCUCCUCUCCGAAUCCCUCAAGCUAUCCCUCUUGCUCUCGAAAACCCCCGACCCAGCACUCAACGACGAAGCCAUCCAGCUGAUCAAGAGCACCGAAGCCGAAAAGCUGCGCUGUGCUGUGCUUAUUGGCCAGAUCAUGCACCUCGACGUCGGGAGAGCAGAGCAGCUGGUGCGCGAUCUGGAUCGAUCCUUCGUCGAAGGCAGAGCGAGCCGUGCGCAGUCUCAGGGUGUACCAACGUCUGGGUCGGAGGAUGUUGCGAGGCAAGGGUCGGAGGAUCGAGCGGUGGAGGAGGAGGAGAUCGAAGAUGACGAUAUGGAGGAUGUCUCUGCUGGGUGA